AUGAAAGUGUUCAAGGCUUCGAACAUUGGCGAAGGUGUUUCAGUGCCUUACAAAAAUAUUGAUUUCUCCACAAAUAUGCGACUGGCUAGUGCUUUCACCGUUCCAAUCAAAGACGAAGAUCACGCCAUUAUGCCUAAGAAUGGUUGCACUUCAACAUUUGAAUCCAGUGCAGACUUCGACGCGCACAUUUCAGCCAAUCUACAUAAAGCUCCACCAUCAAAUCCGCGAACAUCUAAUGGCAUCGCUCGACUGCAUUUGAUUGAAGCAGUACGAUCCAUCAAUACUCAAAUCCAUCGAAAUAAGGAAAAAAAUGUGUGGGCAUCGGCUUUAGGUCAUUCAGCACAAAUCGUAGUCCAAGACACUGGUGCAACAGCUCGACUCUAUGAUGCUGGUGAAUCAUGUCGACCGGAAACCUGUAGUAUUGCUUGCACACGCCGUGGUCGAGUCCAUGCACAUCUAAAAGAAUGCCCAGGACUGAGCACUUGCCCAGCUAAAAUGUAUCCCUAUGUCCGACAUUCAGAUGAAACUUGGGAACCGUAUCCGACGAAAAAAUUUGAUCUUUGGUUAUGCCAAAAUUAUUGGCAUUCACUUGAUUGGGAGCAACCACUUGAUUUAAGCGACAAGACUGCACGAGACGCAGUUCAGUUAAUUAGUAAAUGUUCAUUUGUGUGUGCACAUUCAAAUGGACAUCUCGGUGAGGUAGAACAUCGUUUUUGCUCAAAAGAGGCAUGGCACACCGAUCAGCAUGCAUUCGAUUGUAAACAUCCGGUGGUCUCGAAAUUAGAUAUUGUUUUCGUUUGUGAUACAACUGGUUCAAUGGGGGGAUAUAUGAAUGAAAUCAAAACGAAUACGUGUCAACGCAUUAUGAAUACAGCAACGAAAGUUGUCAACGAUGUUCAGUUUCGUUUUGUUGCCUAUCGAGAUCAUCCGCCGCAAGAUUCAACAUAUGUCAUCAAAACGAGCAAUGCUGCAGGUGAAUUCUGCAAUGCAACCCAAUUACAGGCUUUUGUGGCUACACUUGAUGCAAGCGGUGGAGGCGAUGGCCCUGAGUCUGUUCUUGAUGGUCUAUGGGACGCUGGGGUGACAUCCAAAUGGCGCGACACCGAUACAUUGAAGUAUGUUAUUCAUAUUGCUGAUGCACCACCACACGGCCGUUUAUAUACAAAUGGUUCUGGUGAUGGGUUUCCUGAGGGUUGUCCUUGUGGUAUCACAAUUGAGCGAAUAGCUACGGUGCUGAAUAAAAAAGAAAUUCGAUAUAAACCGAUGAAAAUCGGUUCGGGUGUUAACACAAUGGCUACUAUUUUUCGAAAACAUAUUACACAAUAUGAGGAGAGUGAUUUGAGUGGAACACUUGAUUUGACAAACAAGUUUGUCGGCAUCUUGGCCCGUGAUCUUCAAGUGAAAGAAAUGGAUGUGCACGAGAUAAAAUAG